GGGGAGAGGAGGAGGAGGGGGAGGAGGAGGAGACUCGGCCGCAGCGCCCCGGCCCGCGCGGGCCGCCCGCACCGCCGCUCCGACACCGCCGGGUCCCUGGGUGCAGGACGGAGAGGGCCAUGCCCUAGGGGAGCCCCGCCAUGAGCCAAAGCGGGGCCUCGCGCCUGGCCGGCUCCCCGCCGCUGCCCGGGGGCUCGCUCCUGGCCCUCCUGGCCCCCGAGCCCUCCCCGUCCCCCCCCAGCGGGACACCUUCGCCCGGGCCCCCGCCGGCGUUGCUGGAAGGGGACUGGGAAGGGCGGGAGGAGCUGCGGCUGCGGGAGCUGGAGGAGGCGCGGGCGCGGGCGGCGCAGAUGGAGAAGACGAUGCGGUGGUGGUCGGACUGCACGGCCAACUGGCGUGAGAAGUGGAGCAAGGUGCGAGCCGAGCGCAACCGGGCUCGGGAGGAGGUGCGGCAGCUGCGGCAUCGGCUGGAGGCCCUCACCAAGGAGCUGGCCACCCUCCGCCGCGACCGCGACCGCCCGGACGAGCGCCCGCCGCGGCCACCGCCACCGGCCAGCGCCGGCAGCCCAGCCACUGAUGGAGCCGAGGGGGACGCCGGCCCUGAACAAGAGCCUGUGCGGGAUGUGGGGGCUGAGGUGCCCCAAAAAGCCAAGGAGCUGGAGCUGAUGGAAAACAUCUUGACGAGCAAGCAGGACGAGAGCUGGGAGCAGCGGGGCCCCCGGGCCUCCUUCAGCCGCCAGGAACGAAGCCGCCUGCUCUGGGAGGACGUCAGUGUCGUGGAGGAGGAUGCCACCAAAGUCACCGCCCUGAAACUGAGGCUGGAUGAGUCCCAAAAAGUGCUGCUUAAGGAGCGGGAGGACAAGCUGGCACUCAGCAAGAACAUUGAGAAGCUGGAGGGUGAGCUCAGCCAGUGGAAGAUCAAGUACGAGGAGCUCAACAAGAACAAGCAGGAGGUGAUGAAGCAGCUCAACAUCCUGAAGGAGAUUCAUCAGGAUGAGCUGGGGCGCAUCUCUGAGGACCUGGAGGAUGAGCUGGGUGCUCGCUCCAGCAUGGACAAGAAACUGGCUGAACUGCGUGCAGAGAUGGAGCGGCUGCAGGCAGAGAACGCGGCUGAGUGGGGCCGGCGGGAGCGGCUGGAGACGGAGAAGCUCAACCUGGAGCGGGAGAACAAGAAGCUGCGGGCGCAGAUCGAGGACCUGGAGGAGGUGCUGGCUCGCAAGCGGCGCCAGACAGCCAGUGCCCUGGACACUGACCUCAAAACCAUCCAGGCUGAGCUCUUCGAGAAGAACAAGGAGCUGGCCGACCUGAAGCACGUCCACACCAAGCUGAAGAAGCAGUACCAGGAGAAGAUGGCCGAGCUGGCCCAUGCCAAUCGCCGUGUGGAGCAGCAUGAGGGAGAGGUGAAGAAGCUGCGCCUGAGGGUGGAGGAGCUGAAGAAGGAGCUGGCCCAAGCUGAGGAUGAGCUGGAUGAGGCCCACAACCAGACACGGAAGCUGCAGCGGUCGCUGGAUGAGCAGACGGAGCAGAGCGAGAGCUUCCAGGUGCAGCUGGAGCACCUGCAGUCACGGCUGCGGCGGCAGCAGAGUGCCCCGCUUUUCGGCAAGAUGCGCAGCGCCCGCUUCGGCCCCGACGACGCUGGGGACGGCACCAGUGACCCCGACGAGGAUGAGGACCUGCAGAUACAGGGCCCAGCUGUGCGGUGAUCCUUGUAUAGAUGGGGAAACUGAGGCACGGAGCGGUGGGGAGAAAUUUGCCCGGGGUGCUCCAAAAGCCACUGCCUCCUGGACAGCACUGGAUGCCCCUUCGCCACAGACAUCUCCUGGAGCACUGGUGUGGCCACCAAAGCCAGCAUCACUGAACAGCCCAGGAGGAGGAGGCGCAGGCAGAGAGAGGCACCAAGCCUGGCAGCCACAAACUGCCCACUUCUUUUUAUAUAUAUUAUAUAUAUGUAUGUAUUUGUAUAUGAUUUUUUAUUAUAAAUACAGAGCCCAGAUGGGCCCAGGCUCUGAUGGUGGUGUGAGCUGCUGGUCUGUUCCCCAAAGGAGUG